CACUUUGCCAUGCCAUUUGGUUGAAAUUGUGUCAGAAAUGGAAUUGAAGGUUUUUCAGUUGUACUCUUAGAAUCUUGGAAAAUUGAGAUAAAGUAAACACUUUAGAAUUCGUAGACUAACAAAGAAUGCAUUUACAUAACAAAACACCCGCGGAGUUUAAUUUUUGUCCUCUACGAACCUAAAGGUGGUAGGAUGAGCUUUUAAUACAUAAAAUGACGAAGAAAGUCACCAGGUACUCUCAUUUAGGACACGGGAUAUAACAUGGAGACACUAAACAAGAAAAUAAUCUUAAAAGGACGAUUGUUCUCUAGGUUUUGUGUACCUUCCCACUUGUCUUAAAAUUAAAAAUGUAAUUUUUCCCUAUAGGUGUCAUCUGCAUGUAGGCAACAAUCUUAAAAGAGAUCUCUAUCUAUUGAGGUGUCCCAUGUUGGUUAUAAUUAAACUUUUACUCAUUUCUGUACUAUCGCAAAGCUUUCGCCGCGUGAGAGAUCAAGCUCAUCUUUGCCUGAGAAUAACUUCAAGAAACACUGUCAACAUUUCGUUCAAUUUUAGCUAAUGAGCGGUGACAGUUGUUUUUCAGCUUGGCUUUUGUUUAUACAAGUACCUUAAACACCUGCACGACAGCAAACUGAAUUUAUAUCACACCAAAUUUGUUUCCAGUUGAGGUUAUCGUCAUUUUCUCUUAAUCCAUUCAACAGAAAUUCAAGACAACGGAACGUUCAAAGGAAGUCUUUUGUAAUAUGCCGCAAAAAAUGUACGUCUUAGAACUCGGUUUACUGUGCAAGUAGAGCAGAAUCCCGCUGGUAGGUAUAUUCAUCAUUUUUUUAAAAGAUAUCUGAUUUAUUGCGGUUGUCUUUCUGGCAAAGUUUAUAAAUGAUACCACCGAAGUGACAAAUCAUAAUGCUCCCUAACAGACAAGUAUUUUACGCCACGAAAACCAAAUAAAUUUCAAUAGGGAAGUUCUCUUAGUUUGCUAUUCUGUUUAUAUGUUUUAAUUUCUCGUAUAGGAUUAAUAUGGUGAAAUAAUUCCACUGCCCGAAGUUAGAUGUACCUGGUGACUUAGGCGGUCUCUGCAAGCACAAAGAAAUGUUCCGAAUUUAUCUAUUGCUGUUGUCGUCAUCCCUUCACUUUGAAUCAAUUUCAAGUAACCCAAAACGAUUCUAUAAACCAGGAAAUGUGACGCUGGGUGUUAUACUUCCACUUCAUGUAAAGAACUCGGAGGAUAACUGUGGUGAGUUCUACGCUUUUGGACUGGGCUAUAUCGAAGCCAUAACUUUUGCUAUCGAGCGAAUUAACAACAACCCCAACCUGCUUCCAAACGUCACACUGGGAUUUGACAUUAGAGACUAUUGUGAUACACCUGUCCUGGCCAUGAAAACGGCCAACGAUUUAGUGAAGAGCAAUUACCUUAACGAGCUCUUUGAAAGGCAAAAAGAUGGUGGCACGUCGAAACGGGACUUUAUAUUACUCGUUCGGAAUUUAACAGCGCCCAUCUCUGCAGUGAUUGGCACGGAAGACUCAAGCAGCAGUACUCUGGUAUCCAGUCUGCUACAAGUGGCUGGUAUUCCAACAAUAAGCCCGUUCGCUACCAGCGAGGAACUAAGUUCACCAUACUUUAAUGCAUUCUUCCGCACGAUACCACCAGAUGGGGAGCAGGCGAAGGCCAUGGUGGACAUUAUAGAGCACUAUCGAUGGACCUACAUUGCAGCCGUGGCCAUCGAUCAUUCGUACGGUCGUUACGGUUUACGAGCGCUGGAGCGUGAAGCGUACGACCGCAAAACGUUUUGCAUCGCGUUUUCGGAGUAUUUCACGCGCUCCGGCUACAAAGGAAAAAUAAAAACGAUCGUGACAAAGCUAAAAGCGGCCGAAAAUAUUAAAGUGAUUGUUCUCUGGAGCAACUACGAACCCGCCAAACGAUUUCUAAGAGAAGCAACUGCACAAGGUUUGAAAGGACGUACAUUCCUCAUCAGUGAAGCCAUUGCCGUUAUAAGUCCUGAAGUUCUGGAAGAAAAUUCUGCAAUUCUCAAGGGAGCGUUAGGAAUAAGGCCACAUCUAUUCAUUGACAAGCCAUUUGAGGAACAUCUCAAAGGAAUCACAGUCAAGGACACCAGAGCAAGCGCUAAUCCUUGGUGGGAAGAGUUCUGGGAGGAACACCUUAAUUGCUCAUGGCAUCCUAGAUCACGAGACGCGUGCAAUGGCGGGGCAAAAGUAGACGAACGCGCCUUUUCCAAAAUACAUAAUGCUUUCAUUCCUUAUCUAACCGAUGCUACAUUCGCUCUCGCGAACGCAAUCGAUUCCAUGAUUAAAUGUAAAGAGCCUAGAGGUCUGUUAGAGGAUGGAAAAUGUCCAGACAUAAAUUCCAUCACCAAACCCGAGGACACACUGCUGUACCUCAGAAAUGUCAGAUUUCAUGGAGUCACAGGGAAGAUACAAUUUACCAAACAUGGCGAUCCACUCAGUUCAUCUUACGACAUUGUGAACUUUCAAAGACAGGGCCAACACUAUGCAACUGUCAAGGUGGGAACUUGGACCGGAGGGACAACCCAUAAACUUACAAUCGACAGUGAACUGAUCAAAUGGAGCGAUCGCUCACUGGGCACUGAAUGCCCAGUGUCAACCUGCAGCUACAGCUGUCCACCCGGAACUAAGCAGACUGUAACUGUGUCUUGCUGUUGGGAGUGCAUCAAAUGUCCAGUCGGUAGCAUUAGCACGCAGUACAGCUCGCCAAACUGCUCUCAAUGCCCUGAGCAGCAUAUGUCUAACAAAGAUGGCACUGCAUGCCUGCCUCUACCAGUCAUCAACAUUCAAUGGACAGACACUACUGCUGUGGUAUAUAAAGUACUAACAACAGUCGGCUUAUUUGAGACAAGCGUGACUUUCGCUAUUUUCUUCAAGAAUCAAAACACUCCGAUAGUAAAGGCUUCCAAUCGAGAACUGAGCUUCCUCUUAUUGUUUACAAUCGCGUUGUGUUUCGUGUUGACUUUGCUCCACUUGAUCCAGCCCACGACAAUUCUAUGCUGCAUUGUGUAUCCCUGGAGGUAUUUCAUUAACACGGCGUGCGUGUCGAUCCUGUUUCUAAAGACAAACCGUCUGGUCCGAGCAUUUCAAACUGAUAUCAUCCCCAACUGGUUCAAGAGAUACGUCGUGGACCGAAGGCGUCAAUUUCUAGUUGUCCUUCUGCUGAACAUUGUUGAAGUCAUCCUCUCGGCAUUAUGGCUCGCGCUGGAUCCUCCCUGCGUGCACCACGAGAUUCGCCCACAGACGCAUCUGUUCCACACCUGCUUGCCAUUUACAACCACUGUGGGAAAAAUUCUUAGAACAGUCAUGUUCUCAUACUUCAUAUUCCUCUCCUUAUUAUCAGCUAUCUACGCCUUCAAAGCAAGACGACUGCCCGAGAAUUUCAACGAAGCAAGAUACAUCGGGCUGGCGAUGUAUGUUUUGCUCAUCUCCUGGGUGUCAUUUUACCCAGUGGAUUCGUCCUUAGAGGGGUUUUACACCACCAUAGUGGCAUGCGCCACAGCCCUGGUCACCGCUUAUGGACUGCUCUUGUGUAUUUUCGCUCCAAAACUCUUUGUCAUCAUCUUUCAUCCGGAGCAGAAUACAAACGAGUUUAUGAAAGCUGAAAUCGGACAUUUUUCAUCAAACAUCUCCGCGACACCAAAGAUUCACAUGAGGGUCCGCCCUGUCACUGGCAUUGAAAAUGACUGUAGUAUUUGACUUGUAUGCAUUUUCAACUGAAAUACAGAAAUGCAAAUGAGUUAAUGAUGUACAAUCAAGGCCACUCUUAGUAGAACGAGACACUUGGUUACAAAAUGAGAUACAGUGGAAGAUUGAUAAGAGAAAAGUGUCAAGUACUUGUUUGACAAAGGAGAUCAAGAUUGUGGGAGAAUUGAAUUGACGUGAAAAAUUAGUAAGCUAUUUCUUGUUCUUAUGAGCUUUCAUUUGACACCUUUGAUGAGACCAUCGCUAGUAGACAUGGCAUUAUCAUCAAUUCAGAAUGAAACUGAUGCAAUUAGCCUAAGAGCAUCAAGCCACUCAACUCAACUGGGUCAAUUCUGACGUUACAUUACAUUUUGGCAGCGCUCAUGAGAGUUUAAAAAUUACAAAGUGA